AAUUAGCAGAUGUUUUGUUUUGCUUCCUGUUCAGUACCAGUUAUAAUUAGCCGAUGCGAGUUCACUUAUUUCCCUCCAGGUCUGUGGAACCAAUCAUUACCAUCCUUCUUGCUGCACACAGAGUGUUGGUUAGACUUAUUUACCACUAUGGAUCUGGUUAAAUUGCGGCUUCUUUUCGUGCUGCAUUUCUGCUUUUGUCUGGACACUGAAGAGACUAUAGUAAAGACGAUUGGAAGUGGAACAGAGGUUUUCAGGCUCUGCUCCCGAGCUUUGCUGGAUAACGUCACAUUGAUUGUGUGUAAGAUUAAAACGCAGUCGAGCACCAGGGAAGACGGCUGUCGCCUCCUGUUUGACCCUGAAAAGGGCUUUGAGCAACAGUGCGGGGACAGGUUCACCCUGAAGCUGGAGAAUCAAACCGUGUUUCUACGGCUAAACAAUCUAAGGCCAGAGCACAGCGGGCACUACAUAUGUGAGUGCUCCUACCUCGAAGGCGCGAAUACUCUGCAUCUCCAUGUUACCGUGGAAGGAGAUGACGCUGCCAUUUCUCCGCUCACAAUUAUCAGUUGUAUGAUGGUGAUUAGUGCCGCAGCUGGAUUUGUUAUCCUAGCUGGACUGAUACUUGGACUUGCCCUCAGAAAAACACAUUACAGACACCGCAGGCAGUCUGGAGGACUUCAAUUAGAUGAAAAAGAAGAAAGCUCAUACAUCAGCCUUCAGCAGCCUACGGGAGAUCUCUACCAGACUAGCUCUCAUAUGGAUAUCAACACUCUGGGGAAAAAGUCAGCGAGCAAAACUAAAAAGGCUCAUUUAGCAAGCAAAGAACAAACGGAGGACAUCUACGAAAACCUGUAGAACUAAUUUUCCUCCAUCACACUCUGUUAAGCGUGAUGGAGGAUCUGUGAUGCUUUGGGCCUUUUCCAAAGUAGCUAAUCACAUAUAUAUAUAUAUAUAUAUAUAUAUAUAUAUAUAUAUAUAUAUAUAUAUAUAUAUAUAUAUAUAUACUGCCAAAGCUGUAAACAAAAUAUGAAACAGCCUCAACUGUGACAAACAAGGCUGGAUAAGGAUGCAAUCUUUAUCAGCUGCCAUGUAAAUUG